AAAUUUUGUUCCAAUUCUUCACCAAAAUGUCCCUCCUCAAGAAAUCAACCCUCCUCUCAUUUCUUCUUCCUUUGGUCUCCGCAGGUGCCUCUGGUUUUGGCCAUGCCUUUAGUUCUGGCCCGACUGCAGACGGUAAUUGGAUUCGCACUGCAAAUUCUACCCUGGUCGUUCCCUCGCCACCCCUACCACAAAAAGGACUGCUUUCGCUGUGGGUAGGCAUGGGCACUAGUAAUGGCGACUUGAUCCAGGCAUUGGUGGAGAGCUACAACGACAAUAUCGACUAUGACUGUGGUGUACUUGAUGGCGAUUGGUGUACUUUGGCGAGUGCGUUGACGAGCAACGGACAACAAGGAGGAACACAGGUACACGCGAACGCGGGAGAUGAAGUACAGAUGAAUUAUUUGUAUAACGACGACACGGGAAACUAUGAUCAAUACGUCCUCCUCAACGGUAACCUCGUCUCCACAUUCUCAACUUCAUCAGGCAAAGCACUAGGUUGGGGCACAGCUGAAGAAUGUAACCAAGCCGCCCCAGCAUACCCCUGCGGACUCACUCCCGCUCACUCCUGGAUAAACACCGUCCUCGUCCUCGACCAACCACAACCAGAUUACUCAAACACUUUCGGCACUUUCGGCGCCUCCGGCACCCUCACCUCCUCCGACGGCGGCAAAACCUGGACAGCAGACAAACUCACCAUCGAUGCAUGGAACUACACACCAACAUGCCCUGACGAUGACGGUUAUAAACUCACCACCCUUGACAACAGUGUAUUCGACACAACAUGCAAUUCCGAUUUCGUGGGUGGGGAGUUGAAGAACAGCACGAUGGGGAGUAUUCAGGAUUGCGUGACCGCUUGCGAUGAAACAGAGAAUUGCUUUUUCGCUGUCUGGGAUGGGAGGAAUUGUGGGUUGAAGAGUUCGGUUGCGGAGAAAGUGGUUAGGGAGGGGAUGAUUGCUGGUUCGUUGAUUUCGAAGGGGUGUUGAUAGAGUAUAUGUUGUUCCAUCCUCCUUCUCUCCUACAAUAUGCUUUUUGAAGUCUGUCGUCAUGCAGGAAGGUUGCGUGUUGGAUUUGCGUGUCCACUGGCAACGAGUACGACCAGGUGUUUUCGGUGGAAAGCAUGCGUGAAAGGGAUAGAUUUUGCAUCGCGACAAGCAAUUAUGACGAAGU